AUGACAUCAACGCCGACGCCGACGACGACGACGGACACAUCCUAUGAUCCGGCGACGGCGACGCCCACGUACGGGACAGGGGCUGGCCCUCUAACGACCGUCUUUCAGACACCCGACUUCUGCGCCUCGUCAUUAUGGGAGAACCCAAUGACACCGCCGCUGUACAGCUCUAUUUGCAUGCCACCAAAUUUCAACAACUAUUGGAAUUGGCAAAUAGGCUACUACUCACCGGGCAUCUGUCCCUCGGGCUAUUCCGCCGCGUGCGAAUUCCCGACAUCACUCGCUCUUUUUUCAUCAUUCACAGACGGGACGUCGUCUAAAUCAUGGCCAUACUACGGUGGUCAGGUGAAGCCGGAUGAGACGGCAAGAUUAUGUUGCCCGACGGGUUAUAAUUGCUAUUCGACGGGGAUGAUGGGAGUGGGGUGGAGUUACAGUCUCUGCAUAUCCACGGUGCCGUCCACAACAUUGCGGGACCCAGAACAGACGACGGGCACGGUAAUGACGACGACGGAAAACCUCGCAUACGCCAUACAAGUGCGGUGGCGGGAGCAGGACUUGAGCAUACUACAGACGAAUCCGACUGUGCCGGGACAGACGAAUGUGCCGACUCAGACAGCCACCACAGCCACCACACAAAACGAAACCGACUCCACAAAUGCCCCUGAUACAGUUUCCAGCGGGGUUUCCAGCGGAUCUCUCGCAGUCGCCGUAGGUGUUUCAGUUGGAGUAUUUGCACUGCUACUAUUAUCAGCAAUCUUAAUAUGGCGCCUGGUCAGGAAGAGAAAGCAGGCCGCAAAAUUGCAAAGGUCCGAAAAAGACGAGAGAAACUCCAAAUUAGGUUCCAGCGCCGACACUAUAAGCACCACACUAUCAUCAGCGCCGUAUUCGCCAAAUCCGGUCAGCCCGUUGACGGACAUAGGAGCGCGCUCCAUCACGGGGACCGUUAGAGGAAACACGGCGGAGAUCGACUCAAGUCCGGUGGCUGAGAUGGAAACCGGGGCGUCCACCGCGGCGGAGCUCGCUGGCGACGCGACCAAGCCGGUGGAGUUAGCUACGGAGGAGAAGCCCGUCGAGAUCGAGACACGGGAUUUUGUCGCAGAACUACCGGGUGAUAUGCCAGCCAACUGGAGGGAGGACGUGGACGGCAAGUCUACUAGGAUGAAUACCCGGAAACAACCAGGAGAAAACUGGAACUGGAUAUAA